AUGUCCGCCACAUCAAAACUUAAUGAGGGCCCAAACACAAGCAAUAAGGUUAACCAACACCCCUCAUCUCCUUCAUCAUCGCAUACUCAAAAAUGCCCUUCCAAUUUUGUGAAGAUGUUGUUAGAAGAGCUAAGAGUUCAAAGUGGGAUAGCUCUUCCGCUUGUGCCAAUGAACAUGGCUUGGUUUGCGAAGACAGCCAUCACAACAGCCUUUCUUGGGCACCUUGGGGAGCUAAACUUAGCUGGUGGAGCACUUGGGUUCACUUUUGCUAAUGUCACCGGUUUCUCUCUCUUGAACGGGUUAAGUGGUGCCAUGGAACCCAUUUGUGGACAAGCGCAUGGAGCCAGGAACGUGAGGCUCCUUCACAAGACCCUUGUAAUGACAACCCUUUUGUUGCUAUUGGUAACACUUCCCAUAUCUUUCUUGUGGCUUCAUGUUGACAAGAUUUUGAUUCGUUUUGGCCAACAACAAGACAUCUCAAUCGUGGCUAGGAUCUUUGUGUCCCAUCUCAUACCUGACUUGUGGGUCAUUUCAUUCCUUUGUCCCCUAAAAACCUAUCUUAGCUCUCAAUACAUGACUCUUCCUUCCAUGUUUGGUUAUGCUGUGUCACUAGCCUUUCACAUACCCGUUAACAUGGUACUUGCCAAGGCCAUGGGACUCAGAGGAGUUUCAAUUGCGGUUUGGAUAACUGAUCUCAUAAUUGUGGUUCUUCUUGCCACUUAUGUUGUGAUUCUUGAAAGUAGAGAUGGGAGAAGGUGGUGGAAAGAAGGAGGAGGGUGGUGGGAUCAUAGCAUCAAGGAUUGGAUAAGGCUAAUCAAGCUUUGUGGGUCGUGUUGCCUUAACACGUGCCUUGAAUGGUGGUGUUAUGAGAUUCUAGUUUUACUUACUGGCCACUUUGCAAACGCUAAGCAAGCAUUGGGAGUUUUAGCCAUUGUGUUAAACUUUGACUAUUUGCUUUACUCAGUGAUGCUAUCGCUGGCCACGUGUGUUUCCACUCGUGUGUCCAAUGAGCUUGGUGCUAACCGAGCUGGUCAAGCUUACAAAUCAGCAUGUGUGACCUUGGCAAUUGGUGUUUUCUCGGGUUGCAUUGGUAGUUUGAUGAUGGUGGCUGCUAGGGGGGGUUGGGGGAAUGUGUUCAGCCAUGACAAGGAAAUUAUAAAGGGAGUGAAGAAGACAAUGUUGUUGAUGGCUCUAGUGGAAGUGUUUAAUUUUCCUGUGACAAUUUGUGGAGGCAUAGUACGAGGUACUGCUCGACCUUGGCUAGGUAUGUAUGCAAACCUUGGUGGGUUCUACUUCCUGGCCCUGCCAUUGGGCGUGGUUUUUGCCUUCAAGCUUGGUUUUGGACUAGUUGGAUUCUUCAUAGGACUCUUGAUUGGUAUUGUUACCUGCUUGGUUUUGUUGCUAGCAUUUAUUGCGAGAUUAAAUUGGGUGGAUGAAGCUACCAAGGCACAAACAUUAGUAUGUACUGCACAGGUACAUGAACAUCCCAGAAAUGAGGUAAGUGAAUGUAUUGAAGGUGAUCAAGUAUAA